GACACCCCCAACUUCACACGGGUCCUCACGCUCUCGCAGACCAUCCCCAUUCCAGUCCUCCCCUCGUGGACGAAUCUGACACACACCACAAUCCCAUUGUCACAAGGAAAGUCAAUCAAUUGGAGACUUGACCGCCCCGGCCUGAGAGCAACGUGCGCGCAGCAUAGCCCACCACCAACCAUGGCCUCCGUCGCCGCCGCGGCGCCCAUUCCUACCUUGCAGCUCGUCGACACGAGCUCCCUGCCGUCCUUCACCAAGCCUGUCAAGCGCAUCCACGAGGGCCCGGACGUCAAGCGCUUCCUCACCUCCCUCGCCUACCGGGACAUUGGCCUCUUCAUCCUACAGCUCAACAGGGCCCUCUGCCCGCGCCUCCCCUCCGAUCCCGCCCUGCCGCCGUCUUCCACGUCGCCUUCGUCUGGUGCGGCCGCAACCACCCCCAUCACCACCGCAUCCUCCCGCAAGGCCACCGUCUACCCCCUGAAACCCGGGUCGCCGACCUCCGUGCCGUCCAUCCAGGUCCUCCAGAAGCUCCUCUCCGAGAUAGAGGCCCUCGUCGAGCAGGCGCCGCCCGACCCCGGCCCGCGGCGCUUCGGCAACGUCAGCUUCCGCGCGUGGUACGCCCUCGCCGAGGACAAGCUCGAUGGCCUACUGCGCGCGGGCUUGCUCGGCGAGACGCUCGACCUAGGUGGCGGCGCGGCCAGGGACGAGGUCGGGAGCUACCUCCUCGGCGCGUUCGGCAGCGCGCAGAGGCUUGACUAUGGCACUGGCCACGAGCUCAGCUUUGUAGCCUUCGUAGGCUGUCUCUGGAAGCUGGGCUUCUUCAAGGAUGGGUCGGACAUGGACGGGAGCAUCGAGCGCGAGAUUGUGCUCAACGUCUUCGAGCCGUACCUCCGGGUCGUGCGCAAGCUCAUCCUCACCUACAACCUCGAGCCCGCGGGCUCCCACGGGGUCUGGGGCCUCGACGACCACUCCUUCAUCGCCUACAUCUUCGGCUCCGCGCAGCUCACGCGCCCCAUCCACGCCUCCUCGACGGACCCCAUGCCGCUCGAGGGCUCCGUCCCCGGCGCGCCCAGACCCAGCGACGUGACCAACCGCGCUGUCGUCAACGCCCAGCGCCAAUCCAACAUGUACUUCUCCGCCAUCGGCUUCAUCUACGACGUCAAGACGGGCCCCUUCUGGGAGCACUCCCCCGUCCUCUUCGACAUCUCGGGCAUCCGCGACGGUUGGGGCAAGAUCAACAAGGGCAUGAUCAAGAUGUUCAAUGCAGAGGUCCUCUCCAAGUUCCCCGUCGUCCAGCACUUCCCUUUUGGUUCUCUCUUCUCCUGGGACGUCGACCCGCACGCGUCGACGCCCCUGCAGAGCGUCCACAUGGCCAAUCAGCCCAUCGCGGCUGGGACUUCCGCGCAUGCGCCCAUGCCGGCACCUCCCCCCGGCGUCGGCGGUACUGCUGCGCCGUGGGCUCAAGCUACCAGAAUGCCUCCGCCCUCGGGUCCCGGGAUCCCAUACACAACGGCGAACCCGCCAGGCCCUAGAAGUGGUACGUUGGGGACGAGACCACCGCCAGGCAGUACAACUGAUUUGGGUUCGACCACCGCACAAAUUACAGUUACAAAAGCUCCGUGGGCAAGAGAUACUUGAUAGUUUUGCAUUUUGUGCAUGAUACUCGUGGUGCGGAUGCAUUGCCGACAUUGUCGGAUAAUACGCAGCAGUUCGCGUGACCACAGUAGUUUGAUUCGACUAUCGCAUUCAUGCUUUUUUCCACCGAACCGGUGCAUUACUCGGAGCGGCGGCUUCAUACAAUGACAACUGUCAAGGGUUCGUGAUAUACACUCAUAGGCAGGCGAUGGCGCUCAUCAAGGAAACCAUGUAUUUAGACUACGAGUCCAUUAUAGUAGAAACAACCAUCGCGGCGAAGACAGAGACGGCUUCAUGGGGGGUAUAAGUUCAAGCACCCACCGCUCCUCUGCCUAGGGUAUCCAGC